ACGGGAAAGCAGCGCAGAUGAUUCACAGUGGAGUCAGUGGAGCAGCAGAGGCCGAGCAAGACGGGGCACCAUGGGAUCCAACUUACUGUCCUUAUGGCUCACAAUAAUUUGUGUCGUGCAGAGCUCUGGGAUGUUGUCUCAUGUAAAGAGUUAUGAGGUUGUCAGACCUCAGAGACUGCAGCUGAGACAGAAGAGGAGUUUGCAGGACAAACAGGUUUACCCUGAUACAGUACGAUAUGAGUUAACCAUUGAAGGAAGAAAUCACACAAUACAUCUCGAUAAAAACAGGAAUCUUAUUAGCAGAGACUAUACUGAAACACACUAUUCAGAAGAUGGAAAACGGGUCACAUUUUCACCAAAUGAGGAGCACUGCUAUUAUCAUGGUCAUAUUGAAGGCAUGACAGAGUCCUCAGUUAGUGUGGGGAUUUGUUCAGGCAUUAGUGGUUUUGUGCGAGCGCAACAGCAGAUUUACCUGAUAGAACCCCUGGGUCCGUCUGAUGACAGUGAGCAUGCAGUUUACAGACAGGAACACCUGAAGAUCUGCCACACACCGGACUGUGAAUCCUCCUUUAACACCACCACACUCUACGACCUCGACAAGGACCAGGGUCCGCGACCAGCCGGCCUCUUUAGGUCCAAAUCCUGGAAAUCUAAACCCAUUGCAGACCCACAGCGGUUUGUUGAACUGUUCGUGGUAGUAGACAAUGCUGAGUAUCAACGUUAUGGAUCUGAGACCAAAACCCGUAUUCUUGGUGUUGUAAAUCAUGUCGACAAGGUGUAUCGAGCCCUGAAUAUUCGCAUCAUGCUGGUGGGUUUGGAAAUUUGGACAAACAAAAAUAAGAUGGAUGUUGACUUGAACUCAGAAGCUACUCUGGACAAUUUCCUAAUGUGGCGCCAGACUGAUCUUCUGAAGAGGGUGAAGCAUGACAAUGCCCAGUUUGUGACAGGCCUAGAUUUCGAGGGUGAUACAGUUGGACUGGCGAAUAAGUUUGCAAUGUGUACUGGAAACUCUGGAGGAGUGAAUCAGGAUCACCACACCAGCCCUAUAGGACUCGCCUCUACCAUCGCUCAUGAAAUGGGACAUAACUUUGGCUUGUCCCAUGAUUCUCCAGGCUGCAUGUGUGGUCCAUCUUACAGCAGUGGGAACUGUGUAAUGGCUGACAAGCUCAGAACAAGCAGCCAAGCUUUCCCUGAGUUCUUCAGCAGUUGCAGUGAGGAGCAGUUCACUGAAUUUUUGGCAAGAGCUCAGCCCAGCUGCUUGUCUAAACCGGCCUCCGUGAAGACCAUCGAUGUCAGCCCACGCUGUGGCAACGCCUUAGUGGACCCUGAAGAGGAGUGUGACUGUGGCACAGUGGAGGAAUGCACAAACCCUUGUUGUGAUGCCGCAACUUGCCGUCUAACUUCAGGAUCUCAGUGUGCUCACGGACUAUGCUGUGACAACUGCCAGUUUAGAUCAGCUGGGAGUGUGUGUAGGAAGUCUGCCAGUGGGUGUGACCUGCCAGAGUACUGCACCGGAGUGUCCAUGGAAUGUCCAGAAGAUAGUUUUGUGAUGAACGGAAAACCCUGCUACGACCAGGCUCAGGGCUACUGCUACAAUGGCCAGUGUCCUACACAUCGGCAGCACUGUUGGAGACUGUUUGGACAAGAUGCCAGAGUUGCAUCAGAUGCUUGUUUUGACCUAAACCGUCAGGGCCAGGAAGGUGCUCACUGUGGGAUCACCGAGUAUGGCUACGCCCCCUGUCCUGUACCGCAUCUCAAAUGUGGGUCUAUAUUUUGUGAAGAUGGGGGUGAGUCCAUCACUGGUAAAAGGGCUCUCUUCACUGUGCGUGGUUUUAUAAAAUGUAAAGUGGCUGUGGACGAUGAUAAAACCAGAAGCCUUGACAUGGUCCCUGAAGGAGCUAAAUGUGGAUCAAACAAGGUUUGUUUCGACAACAGAUGUGUGGAUAUAUCUGUUUAUGGGAAAGCAGAGGACUGUGCAAAGAAAUGCAAUAACAAUGGGGUAUGUAAUCAUAAGAAAGAGUGCCACUGUAACCCUGGAUGGGCCCCCCCUCACUGUGAUAUCCAGUAUGCAGACUUCGCUCAAGGUCAGAAUGCGAUAAUAGCCGGUGUAUGUGCAGUCGUGUCCAUCCUUCUGGUCAUCGCUCUAGUGGUUGCAGGGCUGAUUUGCUGUAAAAAGGACAACAUUGAAAACUACAUUUCUAAAAGGAAAGUGCAUUCAGCCCAGGGUAAGUUGAACCCAAUGUUUCCCAAACCGAGCCUCAGAGACAGACCUCAGAUCAGCCAGCCCACUUUCAUGGAGUCCACGGCCACUCAAGCCUGUGCUCCUCUGUUUGUGACUGUGACACCGAGCAGGCCUGCACCUCAGCCACCAAAGAAAUUCCCUCCAGUGUCACCUACCUCUCACACUGAGCCGAUAAAAUCUCUACCUCCGUCCAAACCUUUGCCGCCACUGAAUAAGACAGAGUACAAGCCAUGCAAACCAUGUCCUCCUCCCGUCCCGCCGGUCAAACCCAGACCUCCAGUUGCCCAGAUGAAGCCGUGUCAUGUUUAGCCAAAGGAUGUCAUACAUGACCAGAGCCUCACAAACUGUGAAUGUUUUGUAAGGAUACAAGAACAACAGUGACAUAACUAUGUUUGUCAGCGCUGGAAAUGGGAUUCUUAGAGGGCAAAAAAAGAACUCUCUGCUCUCAGUUAUUUGUAAGGACCAUAUAAAUAAUCUCUUUGCACUUUUUAUGACGUUGAGCAAAUCGAUGCUCACAUAAUGUCUUACUUUUUGAAUAUUUAUUGACUUGUUUUUCUGUGUUCAAAGCCAGUUUGUGCCUUCUACAAGGUUGUUUUUGUAUUAUUUUGCAGUGUACUUGAAAAUGUAUGAAUGGUACAUCCUGUAUGGAGCGCUUUGUUAUAUGUAUGCAUCUGCACUGUUCAGAUGAUCUGUGUAUGUUACUGCGUUUUUCUUUGAAAUACACUGUUUGCUGUUCGACCCGAGGCAGGGUGUAGGACAUGCUCUGACAUGUGGACGCCUUGAGGGGGAAUGAUUUGAGUUUUUUUUUUUUUUUUUACUGCGCAAAUAUGUUUUUUAAGAUAAGCGGUCAUGGGGUUCAGAGCAAGGCAGUUAGUCAUUAGAAGAACCUUCACUCGCCUUUAGAAACUAUCAGUAAAUUAAGUGUACCGACCAGCAGCAGUGGGUAGAAUGGCCAGAAGUACUUUAUGAGAAUAGUACAAGUAUAUGUAAAAGCAGCUGCCAUCAUUAUUACUUGAAUGAGAGUAGAAGUUGUCAUUUAAAUCACAGUAACAGUCACAAUACAGUACUUGUUCUACACAUUCACUUAAGAAGUGACUUGAAAUGACCAUCACAUUAUUAUUUAUUAAUUUAUUUUUCUUCUAUUUGGAACUUCCACGAUAGUAAUUCAUGUUAUUUUCCUGCCUGCCUCCGUGUAAGUGACAAAAAAUGUUGACAUAAAGUGUGUGAUUUGAAAUAGAAGGAUAUAAAUGAUGAAGUAUAUAUUGCAAAGCUCAAAAGUACUUGAGUAACUUUGAUCCAGUUUACUCUUUAGGAUAAUUUGCAUGCAAUAAAGUGAUGACCUAAUAAAAGCAAAGGUUUCGUAGUCAUAGGUACCUUCUUGUACAGUUCGAAUCGUAACAGUUUGUUUCUUGAUAAAGAAAUUGAGAGGAAAACUAAACAUGCACUGAAUUAAAAUGAAAGAAAUCAAAAGGAAUGCAAAAGUAAUGUAGUAAAAGUAUGCGUUAUUAAAUAUAAAAGUAUUCUGCAGUUUUACUUCUCACCAGUGGUGUCUUCCUGUUUGGUACUGAAGUGUGGUUUGUUAUCUGGAAUGAUCACAGGUCUACUCUCAUGUGUAACAUAUGACUGAAGGCUUACUGUUAAAUAAUAGGUCAGUUCAAACCUAUCAAAGUCAAUGAGAGGGCCUUUUGUUGCAAAAAUAAAAUGCACUUUAUUACCA